AGUAUUUGGACAGUGACACAAUUUUUGGUAUUUUGCCUCUGUACACCACCACAAUGGAUUUGAAAUUGAAUUUGUGAUGGAAGCGUAGACUUUUAGCUUUAAUUCAAGGGAUUUAACAAAAAAUAUUGCAUUAACCGUUUAGGAAUUACAGCCAUAUUUCUUUGCCUUAAGAAGCUCUGUAAGCUCUGUAAGCUCUUUCACAAUACAUUUUGUGUCAUUAUCCAUCUGUAAUGUGAAAUGCCAUCCUAUCAAUUUUGCAGCAUUUGACUGAAUCUGAGCAGAAAGUAUACCUCUGUGUACUCAUCCUGCUACUUCCAUCAGCAGUCACAUCGUCAAUAAACACUUCCUUUCCUUCUCCAUACUCUUCACUUCCCAUCAUUCUGGUACAAGUUAAUCUUGUUCCAGAACUGGGCAGGCUUUUUUUAGCAAGUCUAAUCUGGUCUUUCUGUUCUUGAGUGUUACCAGUGGUUUGCAUCUUGAGGUAAAUCAUCUGUAUUUACAUUUGUGUCUCUUGAUUGUAGACUUUGACAAUAUAAGCCUAUCUCAACGAGAGUGUUCUUGACUUGGCUAGAUGUUGUGAAGGGGUUUUUCUUCAACAAAGAACAUCUAAAUUGCAAAGAACAUGCACUUUAGACGAUCAUCCACUUUAGAUGUUAUCCAUGAGAUUCCAGGCCUUUUGGUGUUGCUGAGCUUCCCGGUGCAUUCCUUCUUUUUAAGAAUGUGCCAAAUUGUUGAUUUGGCCACUUCUAAAGUUUCCGCUAUCUCUCUGAUAGGUCUGCUUUAUUUUUUCAGCCUAAUUAUGGCAUCCUUCACUUGCAUUGGCACCUGUUUGGACCGCAUAUUCAGAGUCCCCAUGAACAACUACCAAAUGCAAAUUCAACACUUAGAAUCAACUAAAGACCUUUUAUCUCCUUAAUUUGUCAUGAAAUAAUGAGGAAACAGACCACACCUGGCCACGGAACUGCUUAUCAGUCAAUUGUCCAAUUACUUUUGAGCCUGUGAAAAUGGAGGGACUAUGUAAAAAUGGCUGUAAUUCCUGCAAUUUUCUGUUAACCCCCUUGAAUUAAAGCUGAAAGUCUACACUUCAAUCACAUCUUGAUUGCUUCAUUUAAAAAUCCAUUGUGGUGGUGUACAGAGGCAAAAUUAUGAAAAUUGUAUCAUUGUCCAAGUACUUAUGGACCUGACUGUAGUUAGCUAAAUUAUUUACAAAUAAAAACAUAAAUGUUGUAAUUGCAUAAGUAUUCAUCCCAUUGCUAUGAAACACCUAAAUUAAUUCUGGUGUAAACAUUUUAAAUCAGAAGUUGCAUAAUUAGUUGAAUGGAGUUCACUAGUGUGCAAUUAUGAUCAAGUGUCAUAUGAUCUGAGUGUAAAAACAACUGUUCUUGGAAGGCCUCAGAUUUUGUGCUGAAAUAAACAUUGUGAAGAGCAAGAGCUAUACAUAUGUAUGUAUAUAUAUAUAUAUAUAUACACACACACACUAUACAUUACAUCACUAUAAUGUGGGUUUCCUUCUUAAACUAUUUUGACAUUUUGGUCAUGAUAUCUGAAAAUGCCUUUCAUUUUCAUUUGUGAUUUCUCAAAUCCAGCCAACCCAUGACAAACCACAAAGCCAGGGAAAAAUUCAGAAAGUUUGGGUUUUACAAACCAGUCAGCCAAGGUGUAUAAAGCAUCAGAUCAGUUGUGUUAACAUUUCCUGAGGAAAUCGGUGAAUAUAAAACUCCUCAAAGCACACAGGAACUGAACAGGGCUGCAGAAAACAGCUGCAAAGUUUAUUGUGUCCUCAAUGUCUGAGCAGUCACAACUUCCCACAAAAGAGCUUUUAAAAAGUUUGGCAGUGUGGGAAAAACAUGUACAAUUGUGCCAUUGUGGCGUUUAUGCAGUAAUCCAGUUGAGAUAGACAUAAACUCAAGUCAGUCAGCAGAUUACUUGAGGUUGUGUGUAGUUCCUUGUUUAAGCUAUAGCUUGAGACUACCCAGGCCUCACGGAACAGAUACACACUGUGGUUGCUCUUCCUGUUCACUAAGACUGACAUCAUAUCACAGAACACGGAAGUCCCAGUUCCCCAACCUCUCGCCCAUCUCAAACAAAUAUCUAAAUUUUAGUACAGCCAACGUGGACCAAGUCAGGGCACUACCCUAGGGUCCGAUUGUAUUUUCACAGGGAGGAGAGAUGAGCAAGGGGAAGGCUAAAGGGCAGGAGAAUGUGCCCAGCUCACUCCUCAGCAUCCAGGAGAAUGAACGUCUGGUGGACCUGCUGGGCCGGAGAUGUGUGACUCUGGCCACUGCUGUUGUGCAGCUCUAUAUGGCCCUUCCCCACAGUCCAGCCCACUGGAGUCUACAGCAUACCGGAGUGGUGUGUUUUGUCAAGGACAACCCACGCCGUUCAUACUUCAUCCGCCUUUAUGAUAUCAAGGAGGGGAAAAUGAUAUGGGAGCAAGAGUUAUAUACCCAGAUGACUUACUCCAGUCCAAAGCUGUUUUUUCUCAGUUUCCCAGCAGAUGAUUGCCAAGUGGGCCUAAACUUUGCAAGUGAGCAGGAAUCGGAGCUGUUCAGAAACACAUUAGACGAAAAGCUCAGCCAGAGAGUCAAUCGCCAAGAAAAAAGACAGAAUGCUCCAAGUGAAGAAAAACGAGCACUACCACCCACACCACCAUCAAAUGGUCCACUGAUGCUGCCAGGUGGCAUGGCCACAAUAGAUAUCCCAAACCCAGACAUUUUGGCCUCUCGGUAUCGAUCCCCUAAUGUCCCCGUGCCUGCGCCUGCUUCCUUUGGCAAAGGAAAAAAGGACAAGAAGGGCAAGAAGAAAGGACCUCGACUUACCAAGGCAGAUAUUGGAGCACCCAGUGGUUUUAUGCACGUCACGCACGUAGGAUGGGAUCCAAACACUGGUUUUGAUACCAAUAAUCUGGAUCCAGACCUGAAAAAACUGUUUUCUUGUGCUGGUAUCAGUGAAGACCAGCUGACAGACAAAGAGACAUCCAAACUUAUCUAUGACUUCAUUGAGCAGUCUGGUGGCCUGGAUGCUGUCAAAGAGGAGAUGAGGAAGCAGGGUGCAACGGGUCCUCCAUCUCGGAGUAUCCCCCCAGUCCCAAGUGGUGCACCUGCACCCCCUCCACCUCGUGGCCUUCCUCCCAUCCCUGGCCAACCUCCACGAGCUCCUCCAUCCCGUAAUCAGAGAACUCCACAACGUGGACCCCUUCCACCACCUCCUCCCACUGGAAGAAGUGGACCUCCACUUCCUCCACCUCCCUCUGGUGGUUACUCAGCUUCCCCACCACCUCCCCCCAGUGCUCCUAUGGGUGGAGGAGGAGCACCUCCACCUCCUCCUCCCCCUCCCCCUCCUCCACCUCCUGCUCCUGCCAUUAGCUCUAACAGCAGCAGCCCGGUCAGCCCUUCUCCUUCAAGUUCAGGAGGCGGCAGAGGAGCUUUAUUGGACCAGAUACGACUGGGCACCAAGCUAAAGACUGUUACAGAGAGUUCCGAUCCUCAUCCUUCAUCACAAGAUCAGGGUGGUGAGGGCAUCGUUGGAGCUCUGAUGAUGGUGAUGCAGAAAAGAAGCAAAGUCAUUCAUUCCUCAGAUGAUGAAGAAGAUGAUGGAGUUGAUGAUGAAGAUGAUGAUGAAUGGGAUGACUAAUGCCAAUAUCCAUCUCUGGUAUACACACCCUUGUGUAUACAUACAAACACACACACAGACACACAAACACAUGCACACACAAAAUGAUGCAUUCAUUUUGGGUACUGCAUAUAUAGGUUACAGUAGGAUUUCCAUGGUGACAAGGUGAGUAGUGGAGAGGCAGAACGAGGAAGAAAAAUGUUAGUGUAUAUUGUCAGUGCUGAAUGAAGUGGGAUGUUAAACAUGAAUAAUCUUAACCCUUUAAUUUGUGGGUGUCUCAGUAACUGUUUGUAGGUACCUCAGUUCGUUAUCAACUUAAAAAUUAUAUGCAACAUGAUUUUAUACAAACCGUCAUGAUAGUGUAAAACUGUUAAAACCAGUAUAAUAGCAAAAUACAUUUUUUGUCACAAAAUAUCAAAUACAAAGUGUCUAAAAUUGACAAUAGACUAUACACAAUGCGGUUUACAUGUAAAUUGUUAAUUGGUCAAUCAUUUUUUCAAUCAUCAUAUUUGUUGGUGAUAACAAAUAUAAGUAUUAUUAAAGCUGAAUAAAGCAAACUCUUUGUGCAAUCUGUGAAAA